AUGGCGGCGUCUCACGGAUCGACGGCUCUCCUUCAUCGUCGCCUCGCGGACACGGCCUCUCUCGCUUCCGGAUCCUCCUCGUUCUUCGUUCCCUCGUUGGAUUCUAGCUUCUCCCCGUCGUUAUCACACCGUCAUCAACGCUCGUCCGUCGAUUUCCCCUCAGAUCAACAAUUAGAUCGCUUCGUGCCAGCUGGCACCAGAGCUGCCGCCGAAUGCGGCCGCAGCCGAGGCGCCAGAGCGGGCAUAUGCCAUGCCGUUGCUAGCGGCGGGAGCGACGGUGGCAGUAGCGGAGGUGCGAACUACGCGCGGAGCUGGCGAAACAGGGGCGAGGGCGCGCGGGCUCUGGUGACUAUAGCGCGGGUGGGGAUUUCGAUGUCAGGGUUGUCGCUUGGCGGGUCUUAUAGCGGGGGAUCGGGGUCCAUAUCAGGCAGUGGGGAGGCGCAGCAGGGAUGGCAGCAGCAGCGCCGACCGCAGCAGCAGCAAAGGCCGGGGGGGAGACGCGGGGUUCUCCCGCAAAGGCGGCCAUCGGCGGAGCUGUUGUCGGAGGAACGGCGGAAGAAGGAGGUGGAGCGCGCAAUGCGCGAGGCUCGGGGGAAGGGGGGCGCGGAGGGGCUGGCGGAGGCAUUGCAGAUAGAGCCGCCGGCGCAGCCGCAGUGGCCGUUUUGGCGGAAGAAGCGCGAGUCGAGCUCCGGCGAGGCGCGCAUGCUGACGCGACGCAUCGUCGAGCUGGGGAAACGGCGACAGCUGGACCAGGUGUUUCAACUGCUGGACGACGCGAAGCGCAACAGGAAGGCGGUGAACAUGAUCACGAUGAAUGCGGCCAUGGCGGCGUGCGUGAACUGCGGCGACAUCGACCGCGCGCUCGACCUCUUCGACGACAUGACGGCGGACGGCGGCACGGGCGUCGACUCCAUCACCUACGGCACGCUGCUCAAGGGUCUCGGUCGCGCAAAGCGGUUGGACGACGCGUUCGAGGUGUUGGAGGCGAUGGAGGACGGUACGGCGCCGGGGCGGCCGGAGCUGACGGCGGUGCACCUCAACACGCUCGUGAACGCGUGCGCGGACGCGGGGGACGCUCGGCGCGCCAUGAGCGUCGUGCAGCGCUACAAGCGCGCCUUCUCGGGGGCUAUUGGGCCGUCCGCGUUCACCUACAACCUGCUGCUCAAGGGCUACGCGCGGUCGGACAAUCCUUUAGAAGCGCUGAGCGUGGCGGAGGAGAUGCACCUGCAGGGGCUGCAGUGGGAGCGCGUCACCUUCAACUGCCUCAUCCUCGCCUGCGUGCGCGCUGGUGACAUGGACCGCGCAUUGGAUCUACUGCAAGACAUGAAGGCAGAGGCGUUGAGAAGGGGCGACGACGACGUGCUGCCAGACGCCGUCACCUACACCACCAUCAUCAAGGGUCUAUCGGAGGAGGGCGACAUAGAGGCGUUGCGGGACGUGGUGGCGGACAUGAAGCGCGCCAGCUGUGUGCGCAGCCCUGCCGGCCCCUCCCAGCCGCACUGCCGCACGCUGCUUGCAGCUGAGGGGCCUUCUGGUGUGGCGGCUGCUGGGGGGGAAGAGGGCGUGAGCAGUGCUGUCAUCGCCGUGACCAGCAGCAGCAGUGACAGUGCUGUGGUUGAUGGCAGCAACAGUGGCAGCAACAGUGGCAGCAGCGGCGGGGGGGCGAGCAGCAAUCCGCUGGUGAUGGACCGAGUGGCGUACACGGCCAUCAUUGACGCCUUCAUUUCUGUUGGCUCGCCUGAGGACGCGCUGCAGUGCAUGGCGGAACUAGAGGAGCUGGGGAGAGCGGACCGCUCCAUGCGCCCGCGAGCACACGUCUUCCUCUCCCUCAUGCGCUCGCUAGCUGCCGCCGGCGAUCUGCCGUCCACGCAGCAGCUCGCCGCCCGGCUGGUGCGCGACGCGGGCGGCAGAGUGUGGCCGGAGGAGCGGGCGGAGGCGGCAGAGCUGGUGCUGGAGGCCGCCACCCGGGCGGGCGAGAUGGGUGUGGCAGCGCGGCUGUUGGAUCAGAUGGAGGCCAUGCACGGGCACCAGCUGCGCAUGUCCCUGCGCGGCAUGCAGGCGGUGGUGCAGCUGAUGGCAGCAACGGGGGCGGGCUUUGAGCGCUUCACGCCCAUCGGCAUCAGACAAGAGGUGCCCAAAACGCUGUCGCUGCGUGAUACGGUGCAGUCUGUCAUGGUUCCCCUGGCUGACGUGGCAGUGGCCCACCCUGACCAGUCACUGGCCGAGCUGAGGUCAGCCCGGCCAGAUCUGAUGUCCGCUGACGUCAUCCCGGUGAUCAACGGUGCUGAUGAGUGCGUGGGCGUUCUGAGAGUACCAAGCCAUGCCAUGGACCCCACAACCCUCGUCUCGCACCUCAUGCUGCCCCCCCCGCCGUCGCUCUCCUGCCUCUCCACCGUCUCCGAAGCCGCUCUCCUCCUCUCCUCGCGCCGCACUCCCCUGGCGGCAGUGGUGGCGGGCAGUGCACGCAUGCGCUACGGGCUCGCCAAGGAGGCUGUGCAGAGGGGCGCGGGGGAGGAGCGGCGCGUGGUGGGGUUUGUGCGUGCUGAGGCCGUGUUCGAGGGGCAUGGCGGGUGCUGGUGGCACUCUGGGGAGCAGAGGGAGGGUGGGGAUGGUGGGGAGGAUGUGGCUGGUGUGGAGGGUGGUGAUGCGCCUCUUGGUGAAGCCCUCGCUUUGCUCUCUGCGCCAUUUCUCGCGGCCCUUGCAUCCCCCCUCGCACCCUGCCCGCCCACACGACUGCGCCUCGCCCCCCCAACGGCCACAGCAGCCACGCUCUCUGCUUUUACCGCCUCGCAAGAGACCAAGCAGGAAGGCUCUUCUUCCCCUGGCUCUGCGGUUGCCGCUGCUGCUUGCACCACCACAGAUAAUCACAGCAGUGCUAAUGCUGCUGCUGCUGCUGUUGAAACUGGAACCAUCAACACGACAAGCACCACCACCACCCCUGCCGCUUCUGCUACAGCCACCCCAUCCACCCGCCCAUCCCCACCGCGAAGGACCGCAUCCCUUCCCUUAGCCGCCACAUCCCCCAACCUAGCGUCCAUGUGGCAGCGCAUGAUUGGCUCCACGUCAGAGUGGGUUCCCCGGCCAGUGGAAGGACAGUUACGGCUGCAAGUGGGGCCGCCCGCGCCCCUCUUCACCCAGUCUGAAGCCCAAACCCACGCUGACAACCCCCAGAGCUCUUUGGGGGGCGAUCACAGCCCCUCUGAUUCAUCCUUCAGCGCGCAGGACUGGCAGCAGCAGGGGCCGCGGCGGGGGGAGACGGGCAUGGGGGUGCUGCUGUCGCCGGGGAGCCCGUGGGGGCGGCUGGUGAGGGAGUGGCGGUGGGCGCGCGUGCAGUACCUGUGGGACGUGCUGCUGGAACGGCACCCUAUUGUGUACAUCAUGCUGCUCAUGACCAUGUGCACCACACUUGUAUUCCUCGGCGGCUUCCUCUUCCACACCUUCCGGCGGCACAAGAGUCUGGGGGAGGACAUGUGGGACGCGUGGUCCGCCCUCGUGUCGUCCAGCUCGCACCUCAAGGUACGGUGGGGUGCGGUGGAGAGGAGCAGGCGGCCGCAGGAGCCGUUUGGGGAGGCGCUGUGGGACGCGUGGGGCAAUGUGUGCUCGUCGCGCCAGCACCUCCGGGAGAGCACGCAGGAGGGGAGGGUGAUAGGCAUCAUGCUCACGCUGGGAGGGCUCUUCUUCUACUCGCUGCUCACCUCCACCAUGACCGCGCAAUUCAAGGUGCGCCUGCUCUCACGUGCUCUCAACCGCUGCACUAUGACCGCGCAGCUCAAGUUGUGUGUGCUUUUGAGUCGACUCAAUAGUCACCUCGCGGGGCGGCCUCUUCUUCUACUCGCUGCUCACCUCCACCAUGACCGCACAGUUCAAGGGCUCUUCUUCUACUCGCUGCUCACCUCCACCAUGACCGCACAGUUCAAGCUCAUCAAGUGUUCCAUCUCAGCCAUCUCUCCGGCCCGCCCAGUCGCCACCCGCCCUUCUCUCUGCGCUGCUUAUCACUGCUCACCUCCACCUCCUCAUUCCCUACGCACCCCGCCCCCUUGUGAGCAGCUGCGUAUGGAGUGGCUCAGGGAAGGCGCGCACUCACAGGUGAUGGAGCGGGACCACAUAGUGAUUGGCGGCAUCAACAACCGCCUCGCCACGCUGCUGCGCCAGCUCAGCAAGAGCCAGCACUUUGCCGUGCAGGACGGCUCUGCAGUGACCAGCAAGAGCCAGCACUUUGCCGUGCAGGACGGCUCUGCAAUCACCAGGAAGCGCACGGUGCUGCUGCUGACAGAGUUACCGCGCAAGGAGACGGAGAAGAUAGUGUCGCCUUACCUCAAGGACUGCCAGCACAUCAACCUCUUCAUCCGCAGCGGCCCGCUCAGCAGCACUGCAUCGUUCAAAAAGGUGGCGGCAGACAGGGCGCGCUCAGUCAUUCUCCUGGCGCCCAAGGACGACUACUACGAGGCAGAUGCAGACGUGGUGAUGUCAGUCAUAGCUCUCAAGCCCCUCCUAAGGGGCUCCAACACGGGGGUGGUGGCGGAGGUGUCAAAGGGCAGCACGGGCUCUCUCCUGAGGGGCAUGGCGGAGGUGCGCGUGAGCGCCGUGGAGAAUCUCUCCUCCAAAGCCGAUGCAGACGUGGUGAUGUCAGUCAUCGCCCUCAAGCCCCUCCUAAGAGGCUCAAACACAGGAGUGGUGGCGGAGGUGUCAAAGGGCAGCACGGGGUCGCUGCUGCGGGGCAUGGCGGAGGUGCGCGUGAGCGCCGUGGAGAAUCUCUCUGCCAAGCUCUUCGUGCAGUGCUCUAGGCAACCGGGGCUCGUGGACGUGUACUGCAAGCUGCUGGACCACACGGACGAGGUGAUCAACGUGAGGAGCUUCCCCUCACUUGCCGGCCUGCCCUAUGGCCUUGUGCGAAGGGGCUUCCCGGAGGCAGCAAGGUGCAGCGCCGUCACCUGUAUUGACCUGCCAUACCACCAUCCCCGUCCCUCUGCCUCCCACCUACCUAACCUACUGACUUUUGAGUCGACUCAAAAGUCAAUUGUGCAGGCAGCAAGGUGCAGCGCCGUCACCUGUAUUGACCUGCCAUACCACCAUCCCCGUCCCUCUGCCUCCCACCUACCUAACCUACUGACUUUUGAGUCGACUCAAAAGUCAAUUGUGCAGGCAGCAAGGUGCAGCGCCGUCACCUGUAUUGACCUGCCAUACCACCAUCCCCGUCCCUCUGCCUCCCACCUACCGAACCUUCACCUGAGCAGGCGGUGUGCUGUGGCAUA